UAUUGAUUCCUUUCAGGUAUGACGAGCAACCCGUCGACGAUUAAGCCGACGUAUGAUUCCUCCAUAGAGACGUUCACAAAUGACACAAUCUCGGUAGACACAUCAUGCCUUCACGUCCGAAAGUACUGGUGCUUCCUGCUGUCCAGCAUUUGCACCUUCCUCGCAGGUCUGCUCAUUGUCCUCAUAUGGAGGGCGUUCGCGUUCCUUUGCUGUCGCAAGGAAAUCGAAUAUGGACCGAACGAUCCAAAGCAGAAGGAGCAAAAGCUUGCGCGGCAAGGAAAACAAGAAUUCGAAGGCACCUUUAUGACCGAGGCGAAAGACUGGGCAGGAGAACUCAUCAGUGGACAAACCACCACAGGAAGAAUAUUAGUUGUACUGGUAUUUAUUCUUAGCAUAGCAUCGCUAAUCAUAUACUUCAUAGACGCAUCUAAUGACGGCGUGGAACGUUGCCAAGAAUGGAGCAACAACAUAACGCAGCAAAUUGACCUUGCCUUUAACAUAUUUUUUAUGGUCUACUUUUUUAUAAGAUUUAUAGCGGCUAGCGACAAAUUGUGGUUCAUGUUGGAAAUGUACUCCUUUGUAGACUACUUCACGAUACCCCCGUCCUUCGUAUCAAUUUACUUGGAUCGAACGUGGAUUGGUCUUCGGUUUCUUCGUGCUUUAAGGUUGAUGACGGUCCCUGAUAUUCUUCAGUAUUUGAACAUUCUGAAAACCUCCAGUUCCAUCCGAUUAGCUCAGCUAGUGUCCAUAUUUAUUUCUGUUUGGCUAACAGCGGCAGGAAUUAUUCAUUUGCUUGAAAAUUCAGGAGAUCCAUUAGACUUUGACAACCCCCACCCCCUUCCGUAUUGGACAUGUGUCUAUUUCCUUAUCGUAACCAUGUCCACAGUUGGCUAUGGUGACGUUUAUUGUCAGACUGUCCUUGGAAGGACCUUUUUGGUUUUCUUUCUCCUUGUCGGAUUGGCGAUUUUCGCCAGUUGUAUCCCAGAAAUAAUAGACUUGAUCGGGACUAGACCAAAAUAUGGAGGCACUUUGAAGAAUGAGAGAGGCCGAAGGCACAUUGUCGUUUGCGGCCACAUCACCUACGAGUCGGUGUCUCAUUUCCUGAAGGAUUUUCUCCAUGAAGAUCGUGAAGAUGUAGACGUUGAAGUAGUAUUUUUACACAGAAAGGAACCAGAUUUGGAGUUGGAGGGCCUUCUUAAACGGCACUACACAACUGUGGAGUUUUUUCAGGGAACUAUGAUGAACGCGGUUGACCUUGAGAGAGUCAAGGUGCACGAAGCAGAUGCGUGUUUGGUUUUGGCGAACAAAUACUGUCAAGAUCCAGACGCUGAAGAUGCUGCUAACAUAAUGAGAGUCAUUUCUAUCAAAAAUUACAGCGACGAUAUUAGGGUUAUUAUUCAAUUAAUGCAGUACCAUAAUAAGGCUUAUUUAUUAAACAUUCCAUCCUGGGAUUGGAAGCAAGGCGAUGACGUAAUAUGCUUAGCAGAGCUCAAAUUGGGGUUCAUCGCGCAGUCUUGCUUAGCACCAGGUUUCUCUACGAUGAUGGCCAACCUUUUUGCCAUGAGAUCGUUCAAAACGUCUCCUGACACGCAAGUGUGGCAGAAUGAUUAUCUUCAAGGGACGGGGUGCGAGAUGUAUACAGAGACGCUAUCGCCCUCGUUCACGGGGAUGACUUUUUCACAAGCCAGCGAGCUGUGCUUCACGAAGCUUAAACUUCUCCUGUUGGCCAUCGAAAUUAAGGGUGGCGAUGAAGGGACCGAUUCCAAAAUAUCAAUCAACCCCCGAAGUGCAAAAAUUCAGGCCAACACUCAGGGAUUCUUUAUUGCACAAUCGGCAGAUGAAGUUAAAAGGGCUUGGUACUACUGUAAGGCUUGUCAUGAACAAAUAAAGGACGAAACGUUAAUAAAGAAGUGUAAAUGUAAAAAUUAUGUGGGAAUGAUGAUGAUGCAGACGGGCAUGGUGAUACAAAGUAUUAGAACCUCCUUUACGAGACAAUUGGAGGAUGAACUUCACCCCCCUCCAACAUUUACUCCACCCGAAUUACCAAAGAAAGUGCAUGUUAGAGGUGAUAUCACAAGACACGACGAUAUGAAUUUAAAUCGUCGGAACCAUGUGACGAAGCCUGCCAAUACACUUCCGACAUCAAAUAUGGUGAAUUCAACUAAGCAAGUCAACAAAGUAAAGCCAAAUGUGAAUAGAAACAAUAACGAAACGGCUACCUCUCCUGGUGUAAAUGGACGACCGCCGCCGGAACAGGACACAACAAGUUACGCCGGCUAUCAUCUUGCCUAUGAAGUCAAAAAACUCAUGCCAACUAGUAGAAGUAGCGGCGGUAAUAACCAAAACAGCAAUGGCGUUGCCCUACCGGUUGGUUUGGCCGACGAUCAAGCAAAAGAUUUCGAUUUUGAAAAGACAGAAAUGAAAUACGACAGUACGGGUAUGUUUCAUUGGAGUCCUGCUAAAAAUUUAGAAGAUUGUCUAUUGGACAGAAAUCAGGCAGCAAUGACGGUCCUGAACGGCCACGUGGUGGUUUGUUUAUUUGCCGAUCCAGAUUCCCCUUUAAUAGGUUUAAGAAAUCUUGUAAUGCCGUUAAGGGCUAGCAAUUUCCAUUACCAUGAACUCAAACAUGUUGUUAUCGUUGGUUCAGUAGAGUACAUUCGUCGCGAGUGGAAGAUGCUUCAGAAUCUACCAAAAAUUUCUGUUCUAAACGGUUCGCCAUUGAGCAGGGCCGAUCUCAGAGCUGUGAAUGUAAACUUAUGUGAUAUGUGUUGCAUCCUUUCGGCAAAGGUACCAAGCAACGACGAUCCUACUUUAGCUGAUAAGGAGGCCAUUUUGGCCUCUUUGAAUAUUAAGGCUAUGACAUUUGAUGAUACCAUAGGAGUCUUAAGUCAAGUCAGUGACGAUGGUAAUGGUCAGGCUGGUAGUCCCAUCGUCCUUCAAAGGAGAGGAUCGGUUUAUGGAGCUAAUGUACCAAUGAUAACAGAACUUGUCAACGAUAGCAAUGUUCAGUUCUUGGACCAAGAUGACGAUGAUGAUCCUGACACUGAACUGUACUUGACUCAACCAUUUGCUUGUGGUACUGCUUUUGCGGUCAGUGUACUCGAUUCACUCAUGUCAACGACUUAUUUUAACCAAAAUGCCUUGACGCUGAUUAGAUCUUUGAUAACUGGCGGAGCAACGCCAGAACUGGAAUUAAUUUUGGCAGAAGGUGCUGGCCUAAGAGGAGGAUACAGCACUCCCGAAAGUUUAUCGAAUAGAGACAGAUGUCGCGUUGGUCAGAUUUCGUUGUAUGAUGGACCACUUGCUCAAUUCGGUGAGGGUGGAAAGUAUGGGGACCUUUUCGUAGCCGCCUUGAAGCAAUAUGGUAUGCUUUGCAUUGGCCUUUACAGGUUUCGCGACACUAGCAAUUCAUGCGACGCUAGUAGCAAAAGAUACGUCAUUACCAAUCCUCCAGACGAUUUUCAAUUGCUGCCAUCGGACCAAGUUUUCGUUUUAAUGCAGUUCGAUCCUGGACUUGCUUAUAAGCAAGUAAGGGGUCGGAAUGGGGUAGGCCAGGGUAGUGGCACAGGAGGCGGAGGAUCUAAUAAAGACGAUAAUUCUUGACUAUUACUUUGUAGCGCCCUUACCGAUGGACCCUAUUCAUAUAUUUAAUUAUUUUUUAUAAGAUAUUUAUAUAUACUACCAGAAAGCCCAUCACUAUUUAAUUUAUGCAUUAAAAUCUUGAUUUAAUUAGGUUUAUGUGUAAAUUUCAAUAACAGAUAAACAAAUAAUAUAAAUAUAUCUCAUAGCAAUAAAAUAUUGAUUUUAUAAUUGAAAAAAAGGCAUGUUUACUGAGGCAAUAAUAAACAUAAUGGUACCCAGCGAUUUAAUAUGGUCACCGUAGUUGUAUUUAUGUAACUGAAAAAAAUAAUAAUUCAAAAAACAUCUACAGAAAAUACAUAUGUAAGGGUUUUAGUGCAUUUAUUAAAUACAUAAUCCCUUAACCUGUAAACUCUUGACUAGGGGUAGGUUAGUGCUUCAGCUUUUUUUAUUCUAUCUCAAACAUUAUUAAAUAAAUCCAUUUUCGAAUUCAAAAAAAGGGGGCGCUACUAACAACGUACAACAUUGAAAAAACACCAAAGCUAUAAUAAAUGACUUAUUAUAUAUACGUAUAAGUAAUAUAAAAUUUAUUGUACCUAUUGUUUUAUAAAAAAAAAAAAAAGAAACUAAAAUGUGACGAAUUUGAGAAGUUUCCCUGGACAAUGAGAGUAAUAAAUGCCACAAUAGACGUACUAUUUGUGUUAGAUAAAUUUGCUAAAAUGCAUUAGAAAUUAUUUAUUCAUUUCAGUAAGUAUUGACCAUUUUUAAUUCGUUGUAGUUAGCUAUGGUGAUCAUCAUAGGGCUGAUUAAAAAUUUGUAAGAUAUUAUAAAAUGAAAAUGUGAUAUGUUAUAACAUUUUUAAAUUUUUUGCAAAAUUGAUAGCAGUACCAUUGAUGCCCUUCACAAUAAAUCAUAAAAUUAUUAUAUUUACAUGAAUAUGUUCUGUAAGUACUGUGUCAAAUUUUGCUAAAGUAUCCAAAUAAGUAAAUUAAAAUAAAUUGGUGCAAUUUUUUUGAGUUGCUUUAGAAAGACAUUCGUGGUGUGGUAUACCUAUAUUUUAUUAUUUAAAAUGCCUGGCUUUGACAAUUUUCAAGACUAUAUUAAUAAUUAAAAUUGGUAAAAGAAAAAAAAUGAUGUUUAGAUGUAAAUUUUGUUAAUUCGCGUAUAUUAUGCAAUGUAUACAUAUAAGUGCUGUAAAUACAUUUUUAGUACAUAAAUACGUAGCCGUGUUAAAAUGUUUUCUACACCGGAUUUUUUGUGCUGUAACAGUGUGUAUAAAAAUACGAAUUAUAUAGUACUUAUGUAAUAUAUAAAAGAAAAAAUAAGACAAAGUAUAUAUACGUGUAUAGGCACAUUAUAAUACUUGUUAGAUGCAUAAGACUCGUUUUAUGAAAUAAGUAGUUAAUUUUUAUUAUCAUUAUUAUUGUUAUUUCGAAAACCUUUAUUCCCAUGUUAAUCAAUUAAAAGAUUUGUUUACCGAUGUUAAAAGUACGACACUUACAAUUUUAUAUCAAUGAAAAUUUUUAUUAUAAGUAAUUGAUAUCUAUAAUCUAUAGAAUAUGCAUAUGAGAUAAAGUAAAAUACAUUUAAUGAUCAGAUAAAUUGUUUAAAACAUAUGUGGGACGAAAAAUGUCACCAUACUUAAUUUUUUUCCAAGUCGGUCUCAGUAGGAUAAUUCAUUCAUAUUUUCAGGAUAAAUAAAUAGGUUCCAACAAAAUGCAAGUUUCAGACCAUUAAUCAUAAGUUAAUCAAACUUUGAUAACAAAUUGUGAAAAUAUACAUUUUUUGUUUAGACUGGUACCAACAUUUAUUCUAUAAAUAUGAGUGAAGAUCAAUUUCCUAUGGUUAUUGCCAUAAAAUACACUUAUAGCAGUAUGGCAUUUUAAAGUAAAUCUGUUAAAAUAAUUUUCAAAGAAACGAUUUCUGCGCGAUGUAUACCUUCACUUAAAAGAAACAAAAAAAAAAAGAGUGCCUAUAGCAAAGUUUUCAUAUUUGCACCUGUAGAUGAAUUUGUUAUUAUACAUCGGAAAACAAAAAGAUAUUAUUAAAGUAAUAAGAUGUUAGGAUGAUUACCCAUGAUUUUAAUUUUUCAGCUUCCAUAGCCUAAUGGAAGAAUAUAAAGACUCUGUGAUGUUAAGUAUGUUGGUAAAAAAAUGUUAAAACAUGAAGACUACAAGCACUUUUCAUUAAUGUACCUACUUAAUAGGUUGGUUUAAAAAAAAAAUAUGUUAUAAAAUUAAAGGCCUGGCAGUUGUAGAAAAUAAACAAAACAAAAAAAUUGCUUUGUAAUUUGUAAUACUGGCAAUACUAUUACCAGCAAUCUUUUUAAUUAUUACGUGCUUUUAUAAAUAUAUUAAAUAAAUAUUGUAAACCUCGGCAGUAUCUACAUUUAAAAAAUAAUUUUUCGUUUUAAUACUUGUCAAUAAAUAAUUUUGUUGCACCCAGUCCUUUGAAAGAAUUUAUUGUUAACAGUUUAUAUAUAUAGACAUCAAAACAACCUAAGAGUUUAAAUACAAACAUUUCCAUUGUC